AUGGAAAUGUUUGGUUCAUUAGCUGCAGGUGGAGAACGUGGAAGUAGUAGCGGAGUACCUGAACCCUUUUUGGUUCCUCAGAUGUUUAUUUGGCCUCAUGGUGGAACAAAUGUGUUUGUUUGUGGUUCUUUCACCGGCUGGGCGACCAUUAUACCUAUGUCUCGAAUCGAAGGCCAGCCGAACGCAUUUCAAGCUACUUGCAGCUUGACACCGGGGUUUCAUCAGUACAAGUUUAAUGUGGAUGGUGAGUGGCGGCAUGAUGAGCACAGGCCGUUUAUAUAUGUGAGCUUUGGAGUAGUGAAUACUAUUUUUGUUGAACAACCAUAUAUUUUACCUUCCAUCUUAAAUGCUGGAUUAUUUUGUAAUCACAAUAUUGCUGGAACACCUAGUGGAUCCCACAUGGAGCUUGGCCAUUUUGUGCCUGGGCACAUGGAAGCUUUUGCUAGGGAGUCUGCCCUCCAUCUCUCUCGCUACCAUCUAUCUAUGUUCAUGUCAUCAAAUACUGUGUUUGAAUUGAUUCCCAUGUCCGGCAAGGUUGUUGUGUUAGAUAUAGAUUUAUCAAUUCAGCAAGCAUUCCAUGUUCUUUAUGAACAGAAAAUAUCUGUGGCUCCUGUGUGGGAUUCAAGCAAGUGCAAGCUUGUUGGAGUGCUUAGUGCUAUGGACAUUAUUCAAAUACUUAAAGAGCUGGGGAGUCAUGGAUCCACUAUGGCUGAAGAACAACUUAAGACACCUACUAUAGCAGCAUGGAUAGAGAGAAAAUUACACCAGUGCAGAACUGAUAGUAGUGGGAGAACCUAUCCUUGGAGGUUUGUUGAUGCUGGGCCCGAUGAGAGUCUAAAAGACAUUGCCUUAAAAAUUUUGCAAAACAAGGUGCCAGCAGUUCCUGUUAUAGAUUCAUCUUCCGAGGGUGGUUCAGUUCCUCAGCUGCUACACCUAGCUUCUCUCACAGACGUUCUAAAUUGUAUAUGCAGGCAUUUCAAGAACUGUUCUGGUUCUUUGCCCAUUCUUCAACUACCGGUUGGUUCGAUACCCUUGGGUACGUGGGUGUCAAGUGUGGGGGAAUCCAAUAAGCAGCCACUUGCAAUGCUAAAGUCAACUGAUUCUGUUAGUGCUGCUCUAUCUAUACUGAUUCAAGGUGAAGUUAGCUCAAUACCAAUUGUGAAUGAUGAUGGUUCAUUACUUUAUAUAUAUUCAAGAAGUGAUAUUACUGCACUGGCUAAAACUGAAGUGUAUGCUGGGAUAAGUCUGGAUAGAUGUUGUAUCUAUCAGCAAAUGUUUCGUGAUCAUCGAUUGACAUGCGUGAUGAUUGACCAACAACUACUUCCAGUGUGUUCGAGGUCCGAUACAUUGCAAGUGGCGAUGGAACGUUUGGCUAAUUCUGAUGUUGAAGAACUUGUGGUGGUGGAGGCUGGCAGCAGGCGCGUGGAAGGGAUCAUUUCCAUAGGCGACGUGUUCAGAUUCUUGUUGGGUUAUUAG